CGAUGACGAUAAUCGACGAUGGAAUGGACGCCAUGUUUCUAUACUGUUAGUGUCCUUGAAGACGACAUCUCGUUGCUCCGUUCUCUAGCUUUAAAAAGUUCAAUUUACCGUACUUCUCAAGUAACAAAAUGCUCGCCAUGUCGUGCAUAGUGUCGUAGUGCAAUUUUUAGAAUCAUUCGUCUCAGGAUUACGUUGGGAAUUGUAAACUAAAAAUGAAGUAAGAUGAGUGGCAGCAGAGGAGAGGCGGCUGGAGUUGGUGGAACACAACACUCCACCUCCGCCAUAACUCCACCGUCCGGGUCUUCCUCUACAGCUUCCACUUCUUCUAUGAUGACUCGAAUAUCCCAGUCCUCGGAACAUCCCAACACCGUCCGCACCAGCAAUGGCAUGCUGACUGACAACAGGAGCAGCAUCGCUGAUCUGCUCAGCAGCUCGAACCUGGCGUCCCCGCUGAGGACAUUGGAGAGCGGACUGCGUAAACGCAAGCUCUCCGACAUGGGGGAGGAUAUAACCUCAAGGCGGAAGAGGAUUGCCGAACACAAAGCUGUGCGGUUAAAGCGUCUGAAGAAGGACUAUGUGGAACAUGUGUCAGAAAUGCUGACUCUGGAAGGAGGUGGUUUGGCAGAUGUUUACCGCAAACGACCCUCAACCUCGGCGCUUAUCAGUUACUUGAAGAACAACCGUUUGAAUCCUACAGACGAGGGUGAAGAUUUGAGUUCGUAUGUGACGCCAGUGGUGCAACAACCCGAGGUUAAGACGCCUGGCGCUCUACCGGGUAUCCCUUCGUCAAUAGCUGCAGCUUUUGCUGCCAAACCUGUUGUUCCAGCUUCUCCCCUGCCAGAGCCCGAGACGCAGUCUACGUCCGCACUGGAGAAGAGGCUGUUGUCGCCAUUGAAGAGCAGCCCUGCAACACCUAGUAGUAGCACUCCCAGCAACAAUAAGGCGGCGACACCUCAGCGAACGCCACAGUCCCCCUACGACACCUCCAUAUGUAGUCAGGAGCAGAUCGUGGAGCGAGCCAAACAGGAGGCACAGGUGAUGGCAAGGAUCGGAGAGCUCCAGAAGGAAGGGCUGUGGACAGAGAAGAGGCUGCCCAAGGUACAAGAGCCUCCGAGGACCAAGGCACAUUGGGACUACUUGUUAGAGGAGAUGGUGUGGCUAGCAGCGGACUUUGCCCAGGAACGCAAGUGGAAGAAAGCUGCUGCUAAGAAAUGUGCUAAAAUGGUUCAGAAGUACUUCCAAGACAAGGAGUUGAUGGCUCAAAAAGCUGUCAAAUCGCAAGAACUUCAGUUGAAGAGGGUUGCCAAUCUAAUGGCUAAAGAAAUAAAACAUUUCUGGGCAAACGCUGAAAAGCUGGUUGAAUACAAACAUCAGACAAUGUUGGAGGAGAAGCGUAAGAAGGCGAUGGACCAGCAUCUCAGCUUCAUCGUAGACCAGACGGAGAAGUACUCGUCCCUGGUAGCCGAAGGACUUAACAAGACAGGAGCCGAGAGCGUUUCUCAGUCAUUGGUGUCUUCCCGCGCACCUUCCCCCACCCCUGCAGCCGCUUCUGUUCAGCCUCAUGCUUCUGAUGGUGAAUUUGAGCCUGGCGGAACUUCUAGUGAUGACGAGGAGACGAUCGCUAAAGCAGAAGCAGAAGAUGAAAAGGAAGGUGGAAUAGACAAUGCUAAAGAAAUUGAACUGCUUACGCAAGAAUCUGAGUUACCACUAGAAGAUUUGUUAAGAGAUUAUUUAGAUAAUAGAGAAAAUAUUAUACUCGAAGAAGAAAAUGAGGAUGAAGAAGAAGGAAGUUCAGUAGAUAAGGAUGAAGAAUUCCGAGCCUCAGACAAGGAUUCAAGUGACGACGAAGAGACAAUCCAAGAACAAGAAAAGGCCGAGGGGAAAGUAGACCAUAAACAGGAGCUGGACGACUUAAAAACGGAAGGAGAGAUGAGCAUCGAAGAACUGAGGGCUAAAUACGGAGGUGCCCAGACAAACGGAACCCCAAUGGAAACAGAGUCUCAGGAGUCUGACAGUGAAGAAGAGGUGGAAGAAGAUGAAGAAGAACAAAACAGUGAAAGCACAAGUGAGGACGAGCCGAUGGAAGUAGAGGAAGAAGCAACGACAGAAGAUCUGUCUGCGCUUUUGACUCAGGAAGUGCCAACAUCUUCACAAGGCGACAAUUCUUCGCAGCAGGUGGAUAAGAAAGAGUCGGAAAUACACGAUGUCGCAGCCAUAGCUGAGAGUAUUCAACCGAAAGGGAACACUCUGUCUUCAACCAGCGUUGUUACCAAAGUUCCGUUCCUGCUGAAGCACCCGCUGAGAGAAUACCAACACAUUGGGCUGGACUGGCUGGUUACAAUGCACGAUCGUAAACUCAACGGCAUCUUGGCUGACGAGAUGGGUCUGGGAAAGACCAUUCAGACCAUUGCCGUGUUAGCUCACCUAGCCUGUGAGAAGGGAACCUGGGGUCCGCAUCUAAUAGUAGUCCCUACAUCUGUGAUGCUGAACUGGGAAAUGGAGAUCAAAAAAUGGUGUCCCGCCUUCAAAAUAUUAACAUACUACGGCUCACAAAAAGAGAGAAAACUAAAGCGGACAGGUUGGUCCAAGCCGAAUGCCUUUCACAUCUGCAUCACAUCAUACAAGCUGGUCAUCCAGGAUUACCAGAGUUUUAGAAGGAAAAGCUGGAAAUAUCUCAUUCUUGACGAGGCUCAGAACAUCAAGAACUUCAAAUCCCAGAGGUGGCAGCUACUGUUGAAUUUCCAAACACAGAGGAGGCUGCUACUCACUGGUACUCCACUUCAGAACAACCUGAUGGAGUUGUGGUCGCUGAUGCACUUCCUGAUGCCUUCGGUGUUCCAGUCGCACAGGGAGUUCAAGGAGUGGUUCUCCAACCCUGUCACUGGCAUGAUAGAAGGCAACUCGGAGUAUAAUGAACAGAUCAUCAAGAGACUGCAUAAGGUGCUGAGGCCUUUUUUACUGCGGAGAUUGAAGUGUGAGGUAGAGAAACAACUGCCAAAGAAAUAUGAACAUGUAGUCAUGUGCAGACUGUCCAACAGACAGAGAUACCUCUACGACGAUUUCAUGUCCAGAGCCAAGACCAGGGAGACGCUAGCCACCGGUAAUCUACUCAGUGUCAUCAACGUGCUGAUGCAGCUAAGGAAGGUCUGCAAUCAUCCCAACCUGUUUGAGGUCAGACCCACGGUGUCACCGUUCCAGAUGGAGGCCAUGGAGUUGUUCACUGCGUCGUGCGUGUGGAGUGCCUUAGACUACGACCCUUUCAAGCAUGUGAACCUGCAGUACCUGAACCUGGACAAGAUCAGUCUAGAGUUGUGGAUGUCGGCGUGGAUGGCUCACCGUAGCAGCAAGUUCCGCACUCCUGUAAGGCUGAUAGAGGAGAUUGACACUGCUCCUCCCCCACCACCCAAGUGUCCUCCGGGCAGAAUCAAGGUCCACGUACGCUUCUCUUCACAGGCCAACUCUCAGGCUCAGAUGGCAGUGAGACCCAACGCCAACACUGUUUUAGGAGCACCGGCAGUUAGGCCUGGGGUCACUCCUACGUUAGUACCGAGAGUGGGGCCUUCGACUUUAGUUAGGACUGCCCUCACUAAUCAGGUCAUGGCUCAAGGUCUAACGCUAAGAGUUCCGAGACAACCAGGCCAACUUCAAGGCUAUUCCGUGCAGUUAGUCCAACAGAGACCCGGCUCUCCUGUCAAAGUGGCGCUAGGUGCGCAGUCCCAGAGACUGACAGUGGCCACUGGUUUUGCACAGCUGGUACAGACUAGUGCAGGCAGACAUCACUUGCUGUUCACUUCCUCGCCUCACCUCACCACCCCCGGCACUUCUACUGCUGUGAUGACAUCAGCAGGAGGACAGAGGCUAUUGUUGGGUUCUGUUCCUGGAGGUUUGACCAGACUUGCCACACCUUCAUCUACCGGGACGUCACCACCUCGACCUGUCAUCAGAGUUCCUACAGCCGCAACAGUCUCCAGCCCUCUGGCGAUCAACCACACAGUCACAACGGCAGCCAGUAGUGUUCUAGUCACUUCCAGUGUGAGUGUUCCCUCAUCUUCUUCUCUGGUCACCUCCCCGUCCAUGGCUGCCCCCUCCACGUCCCCCUCAACAUCCGUCUCCAUGACAACCAGAGCGGCCACCACGCAGGCGAGACGGAGACACGACGAAGAAACUGCCCACAACGUCUUUGUUAUUCCGAGGUUAGAAGAGAAACGCAGAAAAUGGAGGGAGGAGAAACUGAAACGAACAGCAGAAGUAAAUGAACAGCGAUGUUCAGCGUACCCACUGUACGGCUGGGACUUGGUCAAGGCGCUGAGACUGAUAGACUUGGUGGAUGUGUCGCCCUGCACCUCGGCCCAUAGUGACGACCCUGAGCUCUACUGGCAACAGACCGAGGCUCUGUCACAAGCCAUCCUAUCUGUGGAGGAGAGACUGAUGCAACUCAAUGAUCUCAUUACUAGGUUUGUGGUGUUUGUGCCGGCUGUGAAGGCCCCGAGGCCAAGGUUCCACGUUUCACAUCCACCGCCAUGGAAACUGUGGCAGGAACAGAGGCGGACGGCCAUGUUGGAGGCGGACCUCUCCCCCAGGGCGGCAUGUCUGCAUCCCAUAGUGGCUUCUAUGAUGACCCUGUUCCCAGACCCCAGCCUGAUACAGUAUGACUGCGGGAAGCUGCAGUCUCUGGACCGACUGCUGCGGAGACUGAAGACCGAAGGUCACCGGGUGCUCAUAUUUACGCAGAUGACCAGGAUGUUAGAUGUUUUAGAAGCCUUCCUUAACUUCCACGGACACAUCUACCUGCGACUCGACGGCACCACCAAAGUUGAUCAGAGACAGGUGCUGAUGGAAAGGUUCAACGGCGACAAGCGGAUUUUCUGCUUCAUCUUGUCUACGAGAUCAGGUGGUGUGGGAGUCAACCUUACCGGAGCCGACACUGUGAUUUUCUACGACAGUGAUUGGAACCCCACCAUGGACGCUCAGGCGCAGGAUAGAUGUCAUAGGAUCGGACAGACCAGGGAUGUGCAUAUCUACAGGCUAGUCAGUGAAAAAACUGUUGAAGAAAACAUUCUGAAAAAGGCAAACCAGAAGAGACUCCUAGGUGAUUUGGCCAUUGAAGGAGGAAACUUUACGACUGCAUAUUUCAAGAGUUCGACCAUCCAAGAUCUAUUCAAUGUCGAUGUGAGUGAAAAUGACGCCUCCAAACGAAUGGCUGAAGUCUUGGACAGAGAAGCGGAGAGAAGAGCGCAACUUAACAGCGAGGAUACUCAGCAGUCUGGGGCCAGCAGCAGUGAGGAGAGAGCAGCGCUGGGAGUGUUGGAGACGGCCAUGGCCGCGGCGGAGGACGAGACUGACGUUGCGGCCGCUAAGACAGCCAAGGCAGAGGCAGUAGCGGACCUGGCGGAGUUUGAUGAGAGUAUCCCGUUCAGUCACAUGGACGAGGAGAUCAGUAAGGCAGAGCAGGAGGUCAACGCACUAGUCGAAACGCUGAGUGGAGUAGAGCGAUACGCCAUGAAAUUCAUCGAGGAGACAGAAGCUGCUUUUUCAUCUGAGCAGUUGGCAGCAGCGGAAGCCGAGAUAGAGCAACAGAAGCGAGAGUGGGAAGAGGAAAGGUUGGCAGCUUUGCGGAUGCAAGAGGAGGAGGAGGAACGCAACGCUGCAGAUGCCUCAGAGGAACUACUGACGUAUUCCCGUGAAGACGCUCAAAAUCAGAUCUGGCUAUCACAGAACGGACGGGAACAAAUGCCUAUGUGGUGCCCACCUACUCCGCCGGUAGACGACAGUGACGUGUAUAUUGACUACACUAUGUGUUUCCUGUACGAACCAACCACCAUGUCUGAGGCCCAACUACCACCCGUGUACACCAAGAAGGAUCGGAAACGCUCCAGGGUCGAGUCCACCAGUGAAGGACGCAACCCUAUCAAGGCGGCACGGCACCAACGCGAGGAGCUUUCACUGAUGCACGCCCCCCGCUCACUGUUUGACCGUCCCUCCCCCGCCCUGAUCAAGAUGAGGCAUGACCUGAGGCUACACAAGUACCGUGGCGGGGCUCGCCCCACGUACAGUCUACCCCAGACCCCGACACAACAGCUGGUGCCCCGCCCUGUCAAAUCUGAGACGGACCUCGGACCUGAGUGGAUGAUAUAUGAGGACUGGGCGAUACUGCAGGCUGUACAGCAGGUGCAGGAGUUGACCCUGAAUCUAGUGGUAGUAUGUCCUGGACACACCCCUAACUGGGAGAUGGUGGCCGACAUGGUCAACAUGAUAUCACACAUCUACAGGUCACCGCGUCAGUGCAAAAACAGGUAUGAAAGUGUGAUUAUUCCCAGGGAAGAAGGCAAGAUGAUAAUGGAUAUGAACGCUAAGAAACCCAAGAAAACCAAGGGAAUCUACAAACUGCCUCAGACUAAAUGCUCUCGGCCGAUGAAAACAUCCCAGAUGUACCAGCAGGACACGAAUAUGUCUUACACCCAAGUGAUGAACGCAAAGUUCGAAUCCAUCCGGACCAUAUCUAACAACCGCACUCCCACCAUGAAGCCUGUACUCAACAACAAGCCGGACAUGAAGAACCCGAAGCAUGCGGAAGUGUUGUCCGGCUGUGGGAUAGACUACGACAACCCGAUGUCACCUGUAGACGUGGCCACCCGUCGGGCUGAGAGAAUCAGCAAGGAGAAACAGUUGGUGGCUCAGCAAGCGCAGCAACAGCUGGCUUUGCUGCGUAACCAGAUGGGAGUGUCGACUAUCAGCUCCUCGGCUGCUAUGAACAAAGCCAUCGUAGCUGCGACUGCAUCACCCACCCAGACUCCCACGACUGCCAAGGCGUUUGUACAGGCUCCACUCUCUGUCCAGGAGCUGGUGGUAGCAGCUGGUAGCGGCGGGGGGCAGGUAGUAGCCAGAGCGUCUACACCAGGCCCCGCCGUCGCCUCUCCACAACGCACCACCAUAGUGAGCCAAGCAACCACCACUGUAGCUGCCAAAGUCGUGCCGAGUAAGCAACUGAACCCAGCGCAACUACAGCUCUACCAGAAACAAGCAUUGUUGCGUCAACAGCAACUGAGAGCGGCGGCACUGCAAGGUAGAGCUGGGGCCGUCCCCGUCACCUCACCGUCCCAGCCCAGGAUUCACCAGGUGAAACAGGUGAGUACUGUUGGGACUGGUGAGGUGGCAGCUCUGAUCAAGCGCCAGGCGGUGGCAGGCAAGACUGUGACCCCGGCGCAGAUACUAGCUCAGGCGGGGCUGCAGGCGCAAGGUGGCAGCGUGGCGGCUCUAGUCAAGACUGCUUCUGGACAACACCUGCCUCUCACUCUGCCCCAGGUGAAAGCAGCUUUACCGCAGGGAGUUAAGACUGCUACUGCAACUCCGCAGCAAAUUAGACAGUUGACACUGCAGAAUCAGCUUUUAGCACAGCAACGCAGCAAGUUGGCGGGCCAGAAGGUGGGCCUAGGGCAGGUUAUGGUGACCAACAAGGGUGUGCCGGCCCAGCUGAUAGUUCAGUCGCAGAAGUCUGUCCCCACCACCAUGACAAUGCAGCAGAUACAGCAAGUCAUAAAACACGUCCAUCCACAGCACCUGGCCCAUGUCUCAACUACCGGAGGACAGACUGUAGUGAGUCAAGGUACCUCUGGACAAGUCAUAUCUCACACUGUCAUCACCAAGAACCAAGCAGGAACCUCUCAGACUAGACUCAUCCCUCAGCAGAACGUUAAACAAACCAUCCAGGUAGUUACUGCUUCGCCGGGUGGUGUGAGAACGUCCGUUCCCAACGUAACCAUCGACAGAUCACAAAUGGCUGCUGGAGCCAUCAAAGUGACCGGCUCGGCCGCCCAGCAACAGGCUCUCCUCAACCAGGUGACAGCAGUGCUACAGCAGGGUCAGCAGAUUGCUGUGAGACAAGCUCCAGUGAGAAUACAAACAUCAGGCACCAACGUCACUGUGUCUCAGGCGCCCACGUUGCUUACUCUGGCACAUCCACAACAACACAACACAGACAAUACACAGAAUCAAUAGCAGAAGGAAGAGGCUGAACAGCCUUAAACUGUCAAAACUUAAGUUGUCGUCAUCUACAAUUUAUGUUUAUUAUGACAUAUAAUGUAGAUCUUACAGUACUUGUGUUUUGUACUAGAAAUAACUUAUGAAAUCAAUGUAAUAGUGCUAUAGGCCUACUAUCAUUUUAAUUACCAAAUCUGAUUUUUAUCAUGACAUUAUUGAAUGUUUAAAAUCAUUAUGUUUUACGAUUUAAUCAGUCCUUAAAAUAAUCAUGUCAAUCAUAUGUUCUUGUUGGAAAUAUUGCAUCUGUUUCUACAAAAUCGACGAUGUCAAGUAUUAUUACACUUUCUGACAUCAUGCAUGUAUGUUAGAGUUGCUAAUUCUAUUUGGACUAUUUUUUUUUUCAUUGAAUCAAUAUUGUUCUGAUUUGUUUAUAAUCAUUUUAAAUGUAUGUUUUGUCACGUUUUGUUGAGUAUUGAACUACCACAAUAUUUGAGAUUAUUUAUUUACAGUACUUACAAGACUAUGUGUAUAUUUAUAUUUCUAGGCAUGUCCUUAAAAUUGUUAUGUUGUAUUAUGGGAUAAGAUUAUGUUUAGUGUGUUGGUAAUUUUUAGCUUUAAUUGAUAAACAUAGUGACACGAUAAUCAUGUUAGGUUGAGGAUUUUUUAGAUUAUUAUUUUUUUUUUUACUUUUAAACCUCUAAUUAACUUUAAGUUAAUUGUUGUUACAGUGUUUAUUUUCAUUUCUGAUUUUAGAUUUUUGCUCUUAGCGAUUGUACAAAUGAUGUUUAUAAUUUUUGUAUUUUUUCAAGUAUAAUAAAACAAAACUUCCAUUAUAUUGUGUACUUUACUUUUAAGUUUAUACAUUUUAAUAAGUAUAUGGAAGUAUUAGCAAAUUUCUAUGUGAAUUAGAUAGUAGUGUAGUUAUUGUCUGGAGCCAUUUUACUUUUAUGUCUCAGGAAACUUUCUUUGUUGUAUUUUUAUCCCUUCACUUGAUAACUGCUAUACAAAUUAUCUGAUUGUGAUGAAAUUUUGGGGAAACGGUAAACUAACAUAAGCUCCAACCAACCAUGGUAUUUAAGUAAUGUGGGUUUUGCUUGCCAAAAAAUCAGAUCUUUUUUCUUUUAGACUAAAAAAGUUGCAAAAAUGAAAAAUGUUACCUACGCCGUGAAAAGUUUAUUUUGUAUUUGUUAUUGUUGUUAUAUCAUAUCAUAUUAUAGUGAAAGUUGAGUAGAUUUCUUUCACAACCUUUAUGUUAUUAUUUUUUUUAUUAUAAAAAUUAUAUUUACAUUUUUAGUGUACAAUAUUGGUAAACUGUAUAAAUCAUUGUUUCAAUGCUAAGCAAAGCAAUCAUUUUUAGCUAUGGAAACUAUUUUGAAAAUUAUUUAAAGCAAUAUAUUUUCUUAUAAUAAUUAUAUCUAAUUCUUAGUUAGUUUUAUUUUUUAAAUACAUUUGUUAACAUUUUAAUACUUUUUAAGGAAAUGGCGACCAUACAAAGUAGGUAUUUUAAGCCAAGUAUGAAUGGAGAUGAGUGUAGGAUGAGUAGCAUGAUCUUGUAUUCUUGAUAGUGACUAAGGCCGACUUAUUCCUUAGACAAAGCUGUUAGCCCAUAUAGCUAAUGGCAACUAAGGGACCCACAGUUUAUAGUAGAGUCCGAACCACAUUUUUGCCUUACGAAUUGGUCUAAUUUUCAGGAUAGUACUGCAGAUAGUCGUAGUACUCACUUGUGCGGACGUUAAUCCACACCAGGGAGUAUCGCAUCCACAGUGCAUUCCUAUAAAUAUCCACAAUUCGUAACCUAGUAGCUGGAUUACAGGACGACGUCACCCGUCCCAGUUCUCUCCAUGAAUACAUCUUGACUAUAUUUCUCUUCUAUGAUAGGCCUACUCAUGUUGUUAAUCAUCAAGAUUAUUUUUGUCUAAUAUAUUUUAGUAACAAUCAAAUUAUUCUAACAUAUUUUAUUCAUUAAUUUAUUGUUUCUUUGUUUCAAAAUAUCUUCUUUACUCUAUAAAUUAGACUGUUGUCUAGUUUUCAACAGAUUUGGUGGCUGCUAAGCGUAUUACGUUUGUAAUAAUUUUAGCAGUCAUCAAAAAAAGCAAUUAGAAAGCAAUGUGAAGCAUUGGUAUUGGCCGUUUGCUUGGAAUUCCUUCCAUUUCCAUAUUUUUUUCAUUUACUUUUCUCUAAGUGACAAGAGCUUAGAAUAAAUGUUUUGUGGAUUAUUGGAUGUAUUGUGGUAUAUGUACUGAUCAUUUUUCACUGUUAUAUUAACAGUGGCUCAUUGCUUUAAAGUUACUAUAUAAAAUGUGCUUUCGUAGUACAUGUUGUAGAAUCGUGCUGUUGUAAGCACUUAGUUUGUAUUGUAGUUUCAAAACCAUUAAUUACAUGUAUUUUGUCAAUUUUUGCUGAAAUGUAUAUUCCUGACAAUACGUCUUUUACGCUUAUAGUAAUCUUUAGUUGCCCUCGUGGUUUGUAUUGUUGCAGAUACGUAUUUUUGUACAGCUCAUGUGUUGUAAUUAUUUGCCAAUGUAUUGUAAAUAACGCUUAUCACCAGCAAGUAAAAUUGUAAAAAUCAUUUUGAUGUAAAUAUACAUGCAAAAAAUCUUUAUCACAAAUUUUUCAGUGUACACAAAAUAAAAAAAAAACUU